AUUCCUCCGAGGAGCGUGGAGAGAGUCCGCCGAAACGAAGACGUCUGUCAGAUCCGGAACUCGCCUACGCCUACGACGACGACGUCAAUAGCGACGCCUUCCAUACGCCGAAGCAACAGGACAGCGAAGAGGAAGAAGAGAAGCCGCAACAGCAACAGGCUGAAAGGCCCCGGAGACUGAAUUAUGUGCCUCAUAUGACAUUGCGAGGGCAUAAGCUGGGAGUUACUGCUGUCAAAUACUCGCCAGACGGAAACUGGAUCGCAAGCUGCUCGGCCGACGGCACUAUUAAGAUAUGGAAUGCACAUACUGGAGCAAUAUUACAAACUCUGGAAGGGCACAUGGCUGGCAUCAAUACCAUUGCCUGGACUCCGGACUCCAAAGUCAUUGCUUCUGGCUCAGACGACAAGAUUAUCCGAUUGUGGGACAUUGCUACGGGAAAAUGCCUGCAUCAACCGCUGAUCGGCCAUCACAACUAUGUCUUCAGUAUAGCAUUCUCGCCCAAAGGAAACAUGCUGGUAUCUGGAUCCUAUGACGAGGCAGUCUUCUUGUGGGAUGUGCGGACAGCUCGGCUGAUGAGGAGUUUACCGGCUCACUCAGACCCAGUGAGAAGCGUCGACUUUGUGCGGGAUGGCACUCUGAUCGCCUCUUGUUCGAGUGACGGUUUGAUCAGAAUAUGGGAUACUGCCACUGGGCAAUGCCUCAAAACUCUCAUCCACGAGGACAAUGCGCCCGUGACCAACAUCAAAUUCUGUCUGAAUGGCAAAUACAUCUUGGCAAGCUCAUUGGAUAACUCUCUCCGCUUGUGGGACUAUGUGGCUGGCGAUUGCAAAAAGACAUUUCAAGGUCACAAGAACGAGAAGUUCAGCAUGCACGCUGCUUUCGGGACUUACACCGCAGCAGAGACAGAUGCAGGCCAGGUGGAAAAGGAUGAACGGAAAUGGGCAUUCGUCAUCAGCGGCAGCGAAGAUGGAAAAGCUUAUAUUUGGGACGUCAACUCCAAAGAAGUCAUGCAAACUCUUGAUGGACACGAGGGGACCAUUUUUGGUGUAGAUGUGGCCCCCGAUGCAAGUAAAGAGACCAUCGUCACCUGCGGGAACGACAAGAAGAUCAUGGUAUGGCAGAGACGGCCUCUUGCUCCCGAAAUGCUGGUUAAUGGCAGUGGUAUGCCUCUGGAAGAGGACCUACCUGUAGACUCGGCACCGCCGUCAAGACCAAAGACACCAGCUGAAGAUCGCGAAGAUGUUGAAAUGACGUAGAUUGGGAAAGAGUCUUAAAUUCAUGCACUCGAUCCCUCGGCGACGACUUCCUGAUCCCACUCUAUGCUACUGCGUACCUAAUCCGGAUCGUCCAUUGGCACGGUGGUUCCACCUUCUGAGUGCUAGGUCAUCGCACUCCUACCGUCUCGUACUAUGCGUUUUAGAAUGGAGAGGACCUUCGAGCGCGUCCAUCCCCAGAGCGCUGUCCGCAAGGGACGCGCCAACACAGAGCAAGUAUCGCCACCCGCCUGCGAUACUCCCACUAGUGUGCCAUCCGCAAUGUGCUCUGAGCGCGUCCAGACAAUCGCAACGGCUGAUAGCGCCGAGCCGUGUCAUCUGCAUACUGCUUUGCGAACAGCUGAGCUCAGCUCACUAUAUGCAUACAUAGUUGGAGCCACAUUCUGGAUACGAAUGGACCAUCACCUCUUUAAGGCGGAACGUCAAAUGCGCAAAAUGGUCUUUGCUAGGUUAAUCAAGCUCAACGAUUUAGCAGACGUCAAAGCAGCCCAGCCUCGGUGCUUACCUUAGGUUGGUAACUUGUCGACAAACAAGGUUGUCGAUGGAGAGGAGUCGCUUGAGUAGAGGUUUUUGGUUUGUCAAAAUAAUCUUGCCAACUGGACUGUGUCCUCUACACGAUCAACCACAGGAAUACUACCUAGAAUUUAUAUCAGAGCUGGCGAAGGGAAAUGUCACUUUCUGAUGCAUACAUACCUAGCUGAUGUUCUCACUGCCAAUAAAGGGUCCCGAGAUAGGUACAUAUAGCCGACCUUGUAUGGACCCAGUCAAUCUCGCCCUACUGCAGCACCGGGAUCUUUAAGUAGGUACCUCAUAGGUGCGUUUUGCCAAGAAUAAUAAAAG